AUGAAUAAUACUAUGAAAAAGUCAGAUGAUAUAUCUGAUAUGUUUACUGGUACUAAAAACGCGCUUACAACGAAAAAUGUACUGACAGUGUUACAAAGUGAGCCCUUCGGUCCGUUAAUGGUAAAAAUAUACACGUUUUUCAGUACAGACACUGGAUUGUAUCUGUAUCUUGGUGUUUUAUGCAUUGUGGUUCUACUGGCCUAUUUACUGAUCAAUCAUGAGAAUUAUUAUAAGUACAAACCCUUCUUUAUUACAGGAUACUGUCUUUUGUUCUUCAAAAUUGUAUUCUAUGUAUUCACAUGUGGUGUAAUGUCAAGUAUCAUUGGAGAUGUUUCAUCCGCUGGUAGUCUACCAAUAUACUACAACAUUUUAUACCUGUAUGGAACUAGGGUUUUAUUUGUUGAAUUGCUGAUGCUGGGACUUUUACAAGACCUGCUUCUUUUCGAAAGAAAGAAAGAGACAAGAAGACUUACAACUCUGUUUAAGUGGUUCGUUAUGAUCUUUUGUAUUGUAGCUAAUGUGUGGUUUUAUGAUAUUUUCUCAUCGUUUUCGGACAAAGUUAGUGGUGAGGGAAUGGUUGUUAUUAUAAUAAUGCUUGCAAUGCAAAUAUUCUUACUCUGUGUCUUACCGUUCAUCAUUUACCUCUUAUUCAUGGUUGUUGAAUUUCUAAAGAAAGUUGGUGAUUUUGUAGAAAAUGUUAUUGAUUACGUAAUACGUAAAAUAGUUGCAGUUGCCAGCCUUCUUUUUACAUCUAAGUCUGUAUCAAAACAAGAACAGGACACACGUAGUGGCUCUGUCUUAGAAAAAGAGACAGACGUUUUAAAUCUUACGUUUAAUAAAUUUUGA